GCGUCAUGCUCGUACUGCCCCCGGGCUGGUCCGCUAUCUCAACUCACUAUCACACAUACAGAGCCACCGAAAGAAGCCAGCCAGCAGCCAAUCGUGGACAUUCCCACCCCAUUUUCCUCCCUCCGUGGAUUUGUCAUUCACAUGUGGCAUUUAACCCAGCCACUUGGAGGAAGAAGAAGAUGAAGAUGAUGACGGUGCUGUGAAUGGGACACACCAGCAGCACGGAGGCAGUACCGCCUUUCCACACAUUUGGGCCAAAACACGCCGAGGUUUGCGCACCGGCUACCGGGUCCAGCGUGUGCGCUCAGCCGGGCCCGGCGCGCGUCGUCUGGGUGGACUGACCGAGGAGGAUGGAGGCGUUCUUUACGGAGGGGGCCCGUGUUUGGGUCCGGGAGAAGGAACAGCUGGUUCCAGCCACGGUUAACUCCUGUGGAGAUGGAACCCUCGUUGUCACCACGGACUAUGGAGAGGUGCUGUACCUGCAGCAGGCUGAGGUCACCAGGGAGCGCGUAUACGCCAUGCACCAGUCCAGCAUUGACGGCGUGGAGGACAUGUCGUCGCUGGCCGAGCUGCACGAGGCGGCCAUCAUGCACAACCUGUACCAGCGCUACCAGAAAGACAACAUCUACACAAAUAUCGGCAGCAUCCUGGCUGCCGUCAACCCCUACAAGCAGAUCCCAGGUCUGUACGACCCGGAGAGGGUGGACCUCUACUCCAAGCAUCAGCUGGGGGAGCUGCCCCCCCACAUCUUCGCCAUCGCCAACGAAUGCUACCGCUGCAUCUGGAAGCGCCACGACAGCCAGUGUGUCCUCAUCAGUGGUGAGUCUGGAGCCGGGAAGACAGAAAGCACCAAACUGUUGCUGCAGUUCCUGUCAGUGAUGAGCCAAAACUCUGCCGGGACGCCCCCAUCAGAGAGAACCACACGAGUAGAGCAGGCCAUCGUGCAGAGCAGUCCCAUCAUGGAAGCCUUCGGGAACGCCAAGACGGUUUACAACAACAACUCGAGUCGCUUCGGGAAAUUCAUCCAGCUUCACUUCUCCGAGAGCGGCAAUAUCCAAGGAGGCUGCGUCAUCGAUUAUUUACUGGAAAAGAAUCGAGUGGUGCGACAGAACCCCGGAGAACGCAACUACCACAUUUUCUAUGCGCUCUUGGCGGGAGCUAACAAAGAGCAUAAAAGUCUCUACUUCCUGGAGGAUCCAGCGGAGUCUUUCCAUUACCUCAGCCAGUCAGGUUGUCUCAAGGACAAGAGUCUGAACGACAAAGAGCUGUUUAACAGUGUUAUGGAGGCGCUGAAGGUUCUGGAGUUCAGCGAGGAGGAGAUCAGAGAUAUGUUCAAGCUGCUGUCCGGCGUCCUUCAGCUCGGCAACAUCGAGUUCAUGACAGCGGGAGGAGCCCAGAUAACCACCAAGCAAGUGGUGACCAAUGCCAGUGAGCUUCUGGGCCUCGAUGCCUUCCAGCUCUCCGAAGUGCUGACUCAGCGCUCCAUCAUCCUGAGAGGGGAGGAGAUUUGCUCCCCGCUCACCAUCGAGCAGGCCGUGGAUUCCCGGGAUUCGGUCGCAAUGGCGUUAUAUUCCCAAUGUUUCUCCUGGAUUAUCCUCAAGAUCAACCAGAAGAUUAAAGGGAAGGAAAACUUUAAGUCUAUCGGCAUCCUGGACAUCUUUGGCUUUGAGAACUUUGAGGUGAAUCGCUUCGAGCAGUUCAACAUCAACUAUGCCAACGAGAAGCUCCAGGAGUACUUCAACAAGCACAUCUUCUCCUUGGAGCAGCUUGAGUACAACAGGGAAGGUGUCCAAUGGGACGCCAUCGACUGGAUGGAUAAUGCAGAGUGUCUCGACCUCAUAGAGAAGAAACUGGGUUUGCUGGCUCUAGUGAAUGAAGAGAGUCGCUUCCCCAAAGGAACAGACUUCACUCUCCUGGAGAAGUUACACAGCAGGCAUUCCACCAAUCCUUACUAUGUGAAGCCCAGACUGGCUGACCAUCAGUUUGGUAUCAAACACUACGCCGGAGAGGUCUUGUAUGACGUCAAAGGGAUUUUGGAGAAGAACAGAGACACGUUCAGAGACGAUAUCCUAACCAUGCUCAAGGACAGCAGACUGGACUUCAUCUAUGACUUGUUUGAGAAGGUGGGCAGCAGGAACAACGAGGAGAAGAUGGGAACGGCCAGACGCAAGCCGACCGUCAGCUCCCAGUUUCGAGACUCCCUCCAUGCGCUCAUGGCCACGCUGAGUGCAUCCAAUCCCUUCUUCAUCCGCUGCAUUAAGCCCAACAUGGAAAAGAAUCCGAACGUCUUUGACCCGGAGGUUGUCCUCAAUCAGCUGAGGUACUCUGGAAUGUUGGAGACAGUAAAGAUCCGCCGCGCCGGGUUCCCUGUGCGAAGAACUUUUAAAGACUUCUUCUUACGGUACAAGAUCAUUUCCAAAGAGAAAGCAGCUGCAGCGGGAGAUGACAAGAAGAGAAGCACAGAUCUUCUAAUCAGAUAUGACAAGACCAAGAAAGAGUGGCAGCUGGGGAAGACCAAAGUGUUUAUGAAAGAGUCUCUGGAGCAACGUCUGGAGAAAGACCGUGACGAAGUGCGACGGCAGGCUGCCAUGAUCAUACGAGCUCACCUGCUCACUUUCUCAGCCAAGAAACACUUCAAGCGAGUACGUUCCAGCACCGUCACCCUCCAGAAGCACCUCCGCAGGCACAUCCAGCGCAAGCGCUUCGUCAAGCAGCGCAAAGCGGCGCUGGUGCUGCAGAAGCACCGGAGAGGUCAGGUGGCCCGAACUCGAGUCAGGAAGCUUCGAGAGGAGAAGAGGAAGAAGGAGGAGGCGGAGAGGAAGAAGGAUAAGGACAAGGAGGAAGGGGUGAAGACAGAGGGCGACAGGAAGCAGGAGGACGGUGAGGAGGACGGUGCCAAAAGCAAGAACAAAUCCUCUGAGGAUGAGAUGCGUCAGAUGGAGGAGAUCCUGCAGCUGGAGCGCGAGAUUGAACGCCUGCAGAAGAAGCGAGAGGACGAGGUGUCACAGCUGUGCGAGUCGUCCAAGCAGGAGCUGCAGCUCCGCCGCGACGCCGAGCUCAAGCGCAUGAAGAAGGAGGCGUCCCGCAAGGCCACAAGCCUCGUCGACCUCCUCAACUUCAGCGUGGCGGACGCCGCCCUGGGGGAUGCGACAGCAAAGCCCGACGCAGAACCAAAAGGCCCCAAGGCUGCCAAUGCCGUGCCGGCUGGCGCGGCAAAAGAUGAGGAGGUGGACGAGGGUUUCCACGCGGAGGAGGAGUGCAUCCCGCUUCCUGACUUCCCUCCCCCGGCAGAGACGGACACACCCAUGGAUCAGGCCAUCUUUGCCCACCUCCCGCCACCUCCACCUGCGUUCGCUGAAGGGAUGGUACCUCCAGAACCACCAACGCCACCCCCACUUCCCGCUGACGGUACUUCAGUCCCACCUCUACCGCCAACAGGUGAUAACGCCGCCGCCGCUCCAGGGAGGAAGGUGAGCAUGGUGGACAGCCUGGUGGACGGGGAGGAGCCCAUUUACAGCAUGCCCGCCGACACCGAGUCCGACUACGACCAGGAGGAGGAGGAGGGCUCGGUCACGGCCGGGGACGACAGCUCCGUGUCGGGGAGCAACCGUGGCAGCGCCGCCGUCACCGACGAGGAGCAUCCGCGCAAGUCCACCUGCACCAACGCCAGCAUGGAGUCCUACAGAGGCAGCUCUGACUCUUACGCGGGCAGCGACGACGAGCACGACGGCAUGAUGGACACCGACGAGGAAGUGACAAAUGGACGGGUGACCGUGUUUAACGGAAACGGCCCGCCGUAUUUCCACGGCUACCUCUACAUGAAGGCUGGUCUGAUGAUCCCCUGGAGGCGGCGCUGGUGCGUACUAAAAGACGAGACCUUCAUGUGGUUCCGCUCCAAACAAGAGUCCCUCAAGUCGGGCUGGCUCUACAAGAAAGGAGGAGGCCUGUCCACCCUCUCACGCAGGUUAAACUGGAAGAUGCGCUGGUUCGUGCUGAGGGACAGCAAGCUCAUGUACUACGACAACGACAGCGAGGAGAAGCUGAAGGGAACCAUCGACAUCCGAGCCGCAAAAGAGAUUGUCGACAACCACGAGAAGGAGAAUGCUCUGAACAUCGUGACAGACGAGAGGACCUACCAGGUGUUUGCAGAGUCGCCAGAGGACGCCAGUGGGUGGUUUAACGUGCUAAGUAAGGUGCGAGUGUGCACGCCGGAGCAGUUGCUGGAGAUGUCCCAUGAACAGGCCAAUCCCAAGAACGCUGUGGGGACACUUGACGUGGGCCUGAUUGACUCCGUCUGCGCAUCUGACAAUCCUGAUCGGCCCAACUCCUUUGUGAUCAUCACGGCCAACCGUGUGAUCCACUGCAACAGCGACACGCCCGAGGAGAUGCACCACUGGAUCAGUCUGCUGCAGAAACCCAAAGGAGACGCCCGGAUCGACGGCCAGGAGUUCCUUGUUCGAGGUUGGCUCCAGAAGGAGGUGAAGACCAACGCCAAGAGCACCUCCCUGAAGCUGAAGAAGCGCUGGUUCGUCCUCACCCACAGCUCCCUGGAUUACUACAAGAGCGCCGAGCGUAACUCGUCCAAAAUGGGAACGCUGGUCCUGAACUCGCUAUGCUCCAUCAUCCAGCCUGACGAGAGAGUGCACAGGGAGACAGGAUAUUGGAACAUCAUAGUGUAUGGAAGGAAACAUUCCUACCGCCUCUACACCAAAAUGCUGAAUGAGGCCAUGAGAUGGACGGCCGCCAUACAAGGCGUCAUCGACAGCAAGACCCCCAUUGAGACCCCGACUCUACAGCUCAUCAGAGACAUCAAGGAGAACAGCGUCAAUCCAGAAAUAGUGGAGCAGAUGUACAGGAGGAACCCCAUCCUCAGAUACACGCAGCAUCCUCUGCAUUCACCACUGCUGCCACUACCGUACGGCGAGGUCACCAGCCUGCAAAGGCAGCAAGGCUACGCCAGCCUGCAGGACGAGGCGGUGCGGGUCUUCAACUCGCUGCAAGAGAUGGAGACGCUGGCCGACACGGUGCCCAUCAUCCAGGGUAUCCUGCAAACCUGCCAGGACCUGCGGCCUCUCAGGGAUGAGGUUUAUUGCCAGGUGAUCAAGCAGACCAAUCACGUGCCUCAGCCCAACAGCCCAGCCAAUCGGGCGCACUGGCAUCUCCUCACCUGCAUGAGCUGCACCUUCCUCCCCAGUCGCGCCAUCCUCAGAUAUCUGCGCUUCCAUCUUAAGAGGGUGCGUGAGCGUUACCCCGCCACUGAGAUCGAGCGCUACGCCACUUUCAUCGGAGAAUCCCUGAAGAAGACCAAGACUCGGGAGUUUGUGCCCUCACAGGAGGAGAUUGCCGCCCUGCUGGUGAGACAGGAGAUGAGCACCACCGUUUACUGCCACGGGGGAGGGUCCUGCAAGAUCUCCAUCAACUCCCACACCACAGCAGGAGAGGUUGUGGAUAAGUUAAUCCGAGGUUUGGCCAUGGAGGACAGCAAGAACCUUUUCUCGCUUUUUGAGCACAAUGCAGUCACGGAUCGCGCGCUGGAGAGCAGAGUCAUCGUGGCAGACGUCCUGGCCAAGUUUGAAAGGCUUGCUGGUAGUGAGGAAGAAGAGGAAGAAGGAGAAUGGAAGCUUUACUUUAAGCUCUACUGCUUCUUGGAUGUGGAGAGCAUGCACAAAGAAGGAGUGGAGUUUGCCUUCAUGUUUGAGCAGGCCCACGAGUCCCUCAUCAGCGGACACUUCCCGGCAUCUGAGGAGACUCUGCAGCACCUGGCCGCGUUACGUCUCCAGUACCUCCACGGUGACGGGGCUGGGCGGGCUGGCUGGAGCCUGGGGAGCGUCUAUCCCAUUGGACGUCUUCGCAGCCGCAUCAUACACUCCACCAAACCCGGUGUGGGAUCAGCAGGCGGAGCUGGAGGAGUAGGAGCGGGAGAUGGGAAGGCUAUGGCGGGGGGGCCGGGUGGUGUCGUUGGCCCUGGGGCAGAGAAAAGGAAGACGCCCAGCUUCCUGGAUGGCACGCUAAGAAGGAGCUUCAAGACGGGGUCGCUGAAGAAGCAGAAGGUGGAGGAGGAGCAGAUGCUGGAGAUGUGGGUGAAGGAGGAAACGUCGGCCACUCGCACCAGCGUCCUGGAGAAGUGGACGCGUUUGCAGGGCAUGGCGCAGCACCAGGCCAUGCUCAAAUACAUGACCGUCAUCAAGGAGUGGCCUGGAUACGGAUCCACUCUCUUCGAUGUGGAGUGUAAAGAAGGCGGCUUCCCUCAUGACCUGUGGCUGGGCGUGAGCGCUGACAACGUGUCCGUUUACAAGCGAGGUGAUCCCAAACCUUUGGAGACCUUCCAGUACGAACACAUCACCUUCUUUGGCGCGUCGCAGCUCUACACCUACAAGAUUAUCGUGGAUGAAAGAGAGAUGUUCUUUGAGACUCCACUGGUUGGCGAGAUCACCAAGAUCAUGAGGGCCUACAUUAACAUGAUGGUAAAGAAACGCUGCAGCAUCAUGUCAGUCACCAGCGUCGCCAGCUCUUGGGUCAGGUGAUUCCCGCUGGCCAAUCAGAGACCUUGGUUUCUCCACAGCGGCAACGGAUGCCGCCCCGGCCACAUCGCUAUUGGCUGGUUGGAUUUGACACAGGCGGAUGCACCAGGGUAAUGGUGAGAGUAGAUUGCCAAGCGUGGAAAAUGGACACUAAAGCCAAAGGGAUCAAUGGGAUUAGGAUCAAUACAUUUUGAGAUGGGUUAUUUUCAUUCAAGCAUGACAUUUACAGUAAACCUGACAUUGGUGGAUGGUCCUUUCACAUUCAGUACAGUACAUGACUCCAGUUGUAGUCCUUGCAUGUAGAUGUUCAAGCACACUCCCAACUUAUCAGAUUUCCUUCUUUUCGGGCCACAAGCACUAAACAUUGAUUGGCCGACCAGUCCCACUUUGACCCAUGACUUGGGGUGAGGCAACCACCAACGAUCCAGGGGAGUAGCUCCUUCCUAGGACCUGUGGACAUUCUCUCCCAGGACCUCUCAAAAACCUGGUGUGGGUCUUCCUACCAUGACCCUGGGCUACCUCCCUGGACUCCCUGUAACCUUGGGAAGCAACCAUCCAGUAGUCCACCAAGACCCAGGGGUGUGAGGGACAACCUCCAUGAACCCUCCAGGACCGGAAGGGGCCACCUCCCAGGACCCACUGAGUUGGCCUCUCUCCCAAGACCCUUCAGGACCCUGGGGGCUACUUCCCAAGACUCAAUCACUCACCUGGGUCUUGAAGGGUCCUUAUUAGGACCCCUCAGGACCUGUGUUAGACCUCCCAUCCAGGCCCCCUCGGGAAUCCAGAAGCAACCUACAUGAAAACAGUGGGCUUACGUCCCUAGGACCUGCUGCAGUUCCACAGCUAUUUCAUAGGACUUUUCGGGGGAGGCCUCCCUCUCAGGAACCUCCCCCAGGUUCCCUCAUUACCCCGUUGGGGGACCCACCAGGGGUUGCCUCUCUUCCAGGAACCUUUCCCCUAUGAGCCAGGGUGGAGCUACUUCAUCGAACCUGUCAGGCGAGGCCUGUCUUCCACGAUCCCUUAGUACAUGGUUGGGUCCCCCACAAGCUACAUCCCAGGACUUCUAAUGCCCCCUCUCACCACCCCUUUCAGUGCACUGCCAGACAUUCUGCUUUCAGCUCUUGGAGUCUCUCUCUUUCUCUUCCUUCAUCCUCACUCCUCUCACGCAUGACACUGUUAUGUUACCAUGCUUACAUUCUUGCUUGCUUCUGCGCUCCGUGUCUUUCUGUGUGACAUCACGUCUCUUGCAUCUAUUGUGGAGGGAUGGGGACUCACUCUAUUCACCAGCGCCACCGUGUGGCCGCAGGAAGAAACUACAGCCAAAAAGCAAUCCGCUUUGGCGGUGACAGCAAUUUCCCAGUCGCAUUAUGUGUGUGUGUGUGAUUUGACUGUAUAUUCACACACAAACUGAGAUGUGUCGUUUUUGUACUGUCUAUCACGUAUAAUAAUAAGAGUUAAUAUUUAUUUAAAUGUUCGGGUGGUCCCAGCACUGUACAGCCUCUAUGUAGUGUAAGAUACAAGCAAUUAAAGGGCGUUAAUAGGGAUGCUGCACAUAUUCACUGGCAGUGCCAUUCAUUCACUGUGUUUUUGAUGGAUUUAUCAUAGUUUUUUUAAAUGCUACUAAUACUGUACUGUCUCUUCAUGCUAACUUUUUCUUUAGCGCAAAAUAAGUGCACCGCUCUAUAGUAACUAUGAUUAAUACUGUCCAACAACGACCCGCCACCCCACCUUGAAGUGCUGUGUGUGGAAUGCUGCUGUAUGUAUGUAUGUAUGUGUGUCAUAGUGUAACCCAAACUACAUUAUUUAUGUUGGAAAAGAGUUGAGAAGAAAAGUAAUAAUGAGUGCAUUCCUGGGGAACUGAGAUGUAUUGUACAAGCUUUGCAAGUGUUGUGAUCGUGUGUUAAAAGAGACGAGCAUGGGACUUUAUUAAUGUGAGGGAGGGAUGGUUAGCUAUUUAUUAACCUACUGUAUUGCCAAGUGUGUUGGUUGAGGAAGGUGUGUAAAAUAUUGAUAUAAGGUGCUGAUAUGAUGCUGUGAAGAACUCAUACGGUAUAAGGGUUUUUACAUAACAGGAGUGCUUUUUUUGGAUUUUACAAAACUUCUUCACACUGCAGGUAGAGGGCAGCAUCAUCAAUAUGUAACAGCUCUAGUGAUCCUGCAUAUCACAUGCUUACUACUUAGUUGUCAAUUAAAAAGAACUAAAGUGUCAAUAACCUUGUAAAACAAACAUCCUGUUCUGUCAAAUUCCAAGUACAAGCUGUUCUGCCAUCUAGCGACUGCCCUUGUAAAUGCACCUGCCCACCUUCAUCUCCAGCACAACUGAGAUUCCCAAUAUUACUUAGGCAUGCUGAAGUUUCUACAUUUUUACAUUUUAAUGGAUUUAGAGUGAGAAAUGAGUUGUUGUCACACUGAUGUCUGCUGUUUACCUGCAGUGUUGCACGAAGUGAAUGCUAUUGAGAAAAUACUGACAAUAUUAACAAUUCAUAAUGUAUUCGGUCACACUUUACAAUAAGGUACGCAAAAAUACAGCAGUUACUGAGGAACUAAUGAACUAAUGACCAAGGCACAUAAAUUUGGACUAGUUACUGAGGAACUAAUGAAGAACUAAUGACUAAGGCACAUACAUUUAAACUAGUUACUGAGGAACUAAUAAAGAACUAAUGACUAAGGCACAUACAUUUAGACUAGUUACUGUGGAACUAAUGAAGAACUAAUGACUAAAGCACAUACAUUUAGACUAGUUAUUGAGGAACUAAUGAGUAGAGGAGUUUCUGAGGAACUAAGGCACAUACAUUUAGACUACUUACUGAGGAACUAAUGAAGAAUGAAUGAGUCGUGGUUAGUGUUAGGGUUAGGUCGGUUCAUUCCUCAUUAACUACUGUAAUUGUGUGUACCUUAUUGUAAAGUGUUACCAUGCAUUCAUUCAUUCACUCUGCUUAUUUGAAUAGAAUAUUGGCCUUUCAAAUGGCAGUGGAUGUAGAAAGUGAACGCAUCUCUUCCAAUUAAAUAGCUUUUUUUUGGAUGUUUGAUGUAAAUUUCAAAACUAUUUGGAUUUAGGUCUGGGCUCUGGCUGGUCAAUUCCUAACUUAAACCAUAUUCAUGAACACAGUUUUAACCAAUUAACAUAAAAUACAUCAAUAAAUUAAUAAUAGUUUAAAUGUUAUAAAUAACUUUAGAAAUGAAACACAAGUAAAAUAAAAAAUAAAGUUUGUUAUUUAUUAAUUUCUUUAACUUUUAGGCCCAGCUACAUUUUGCCCCCCCAAAAAAUCAAGCAUAUGGGAAAAUGUGUAUGGUCCAAUGAAACCAAGGUUCAACUUUUUAAACCACAAUUCCAAAAUGUAUGUUUGUGGUGUUCACUUUCUAAUCCAGUCGCUGUUGUUGCUGGAUUAUCAAAAAUGGCCUUGCAUGACCCCUCAAGGUGUUUGGUGAUCGCUCCGGCCCUGGAUGCAUUGCAUACAGCCACCCUGCUGAUACAGUCACCACAAAACUUUAGCUUGCAUCACUUGUGCCGCAAUAAAAUCGUGCAAAAGUGAUGAAGCCAUAAAUUACAAGGAACCUGGAGCCGCCUUCUUGUCUAUGUGUUCUAUUUCUACACAUCUGUCUGUCACUGAUGUUUUAACAAACAGGAAGUAAGUUUUAGUGAUCAGUGUGAUGUCCAAUAAGGUGACAAUGAUUUGUAAAGUAUGUGAUCACAGGGAGACGCCAAAAGGGUCCUGCCAUCAGCCGCAGGCGGCCAUUGUGGGGGCUCCUUAUCAUUAAUGUCAUUAUUAGGAUUAUUAUCUCAUGGUAAUGCUUACUGUCAUCAUGAAAUCAUGUUAAAAAUUGUGCUUAAGACAAAAGAAAAUAAGAGAAAGAGAGAGAUAUGUGUGUGGUCAUUUUUUUAUUUUGAACUGGAUUUAAAUAAUAUGCUUUAAUAAAUUAUGGACAUUGUCCUCUGAUGUUUGGGAAUUUA